CAGGCGUGCUGGUAGCGGAGUGGGAUGGCAGCGCUGGAGCUGGGAGGCGGCUCCCGCCCAGGAGCGACCCGCGGUAAAUGGUUCAGGUGCCAUCCCGUGCUCGUGGUGGUGCUGAUUCUGCUGCUCCUGGUGCUGGUGCUGGCUUUGGGGGUGACCUUGGCUGUGCAGUCAGCAGCACAGCUUCCACUUACACCUGCGACUCCGCUGUUGGUUCUGGGCUGUCCCCGUGGCUGGGUUGGGUACAAUGGAGUCUGCUACUACUUCUCAAGGGAUUACAGCACCUGGGAGCAGGGUCAGGAACGGUGCUCUGAGCUCGGGGCCUCCCUGGCCAUUCUCAAGGAUGAGGAAAUGGAUUUGCUCUUCCGCCUCCGCGGGAACGUCGAUUACUGGCUCGGGCUGCGCAGACGGGGCGAGCGCCUGCACUGGGGGGACGGCAGCAGCUACAGCUCCUCGGUUCCUGUCCUGGGCAAUUCCGAGUGUGUGUACCUGGCUGACCGUAAAUUCAGGAGUGAGAUGUGCUCAAAUGAGCGGCCGUAUGUCUGCAGCAAGGCCCAAGCUGCCCUGUGACAGGGGAUGGAGAAAGGACCUUGUCCACACUGGGCAGUGCCAGCGUCGUCUGUUAGCCCGGCACAGGGCUGUCCUUCCUCAGGUGUACCUGUGUUCAUACCGAAAUGCAAAAGUCUUUAACAGUAUAAGUUAUUUAUAACAUUAUGUAUCGAGCUCCUUUGGGUAAUCCGAAUCUGCCUGUGUUCUUGGUGUUCAUUACAAGCUAGCAGUCAUAUGACAGUUCUGGACUGCCUUUGGCAGAGGAAGAAGAGCAGCAGACACGUGCUGAACAGGGAUCCCACUUUUGGCGUCAGGCUUUGAAGAAGCCAGACUGUCAAGAAGGAUCUGUCAGCUGCUGGCUCUCUCUCUCUGCUUUGGAGGAGGAUGGUCAGAGCUGCUGCUUGGGGAAGGGAAUUUGAUGCCACGGCCAUAACCGAGCCGAGAGCUGCUUCCUCCGCUGUGGAAUGAGCCGCUGUGCCCAGAACUGCACGUGAGGGGAAAGUGCCCGCGGCCGAGCGGGGCCGGGGCUGGGUUUGUGUCUGCUCGGGGCAGGGCUGCGCUGCGGGGGUUUGUGUGCCUGGGACAGAGCGGUAAAGAGCUGCUGUUCUAUUCUCAUAUCUGUGCCUGAGAGACCCUUCACUUCUAAAUUAUAAUAAUUCUGAGCACGGGGGUUUACAUUUUCCACUGCAAGGGAGGCUCCUGCCUUCCUUAGGAGACCCCUGCCUUUCAAACCAAAACACCCCCAUCUCUCUCUGCUACUGUGUGGGGAAAAGGGAGGGAGGGAAUCGGGGAUAAAGAGAAGCCCAGGAAGGAGAGUUCAGAAG